AAGAUUUCAAUCCUCUGUCCUGCACGUUAGAAAUCAAAUCCGAACCAGAAUAUACUCCGUACUAGGGAUUUUCCAAUUGGAAGAAUAUGUUCUAGGGUUUUAACCUCUUCCUCCUCUUUCUCUUCAUAUCUGAAUCUGGAGAACUAUCUGCUCCGGAGAAUGAUCAAAUUUGGGGUUUUCAGUUUUAUGGCUUCCGAUUGAGUUCUUCCAAGACAUCCACGUUAUCUUUUCUCCCUGCCGUCCAUCGCAGCUCAGUUUGAGCAGCUCGAUGGUUGCAUUAUGCUUUUGAUUUGAUGAUUUGCUUGUGGAAUAUAUUUACGAUCGGCACAAAUUUUAUUAAGCAGAGGUUGUGUCCUUAAAGUUUGGUUAUUGAGAUGUAUGGUCAAAGUAAUUAUGGUGCUCAGGCUGGGCAGGUUAGUUAUACAUCCAUAUCCCCACAGCAAUCAGGUGCACAUCCUAUACACCUUCCUCCUCCUCCCCCUCUUCCCCAUAAUGCCCAUUCAGCUCAAACACAACAAGUUAAUCCCAACCCUCUCGCAUAUCAUCAUCAUACUCAACUCGGUGUAAGCCAGAAUUUUCCACCUUGGCAAGUUCCAACAAGUGGGACCCUUUCAAGCCAAUCUUGCUUAAUGCCCAUUGCACCUCCUCCUCCUCCUCCUCCACCACCACCACCAGCAGCAGCUGUUCAACUUCAUCAAAGCGCUCCAACGCCUAGCUCCUAUCAAACUUCCAUAUUUUCUCAACAGUGGGGUCAUAAUGUGCAUCAUACUCUGCCUGCAACAGCUCCCGGAGCUCCCAGAUUCUUUCCACCACCCCCACCACAAACACCAACACAUUAUGGAGGUUCUGUCCAUAUGCAUCUACCAGCACCAGGUAAUAGACAGGCUUUUCAGAGUGUAGCAUUACAAGCAUCUGAUCUGAACAGCUCCUUUUUUUCCCAGCCACCUCUUAGGCCAAUGACUGGUCCUCCUCCUCCUCCUCCACCCCCAUCUUUUCUUGAAGGAGCGUCAUCAGUUCCACAUUCUCUUCCACCUCCUAUUCAUCCUGCCCCAAAUUCGGUUGCUUCAAAUUCCACACCUAUUGCAAAAUAUUGUAAUCUGGCCAAUCGGUUAGAAAGUGGAUCCAAAACAACUACAACUACUGCAGUUGAUGGAACAGCUUUUGGUUCAGUGAAUGACAGCUUAGCUUCAGUUUGUACAAAUGAAGGCCCCCGAGAAGAAGGUGAAGGAAUUGGACCCACAAUAAAAUCUUCGGCAAGUGAUAAUCUAAUCUUGGACGUUCCUGCUUUAUCCCCCAAGUAUCUUGGUAGAAGGACACAACAAAAUAGUAAUGUUCUGGAAGUUCCUGACUCUUUCUCUAAGCCCCAUCAUAGUAAUAUAUUGAACGCGAAUGAGGCUCAUGGAAAUGAAAACAUAUCAAGGGGAGUGCCAGCAAUGCACUCCUUGCUUCAAUCUACUGAUUCCAUAAAUGCUGGUGCAUCCUAUUCCCCUACAAAUUCUGAUAUGGAAAUGGAAGAUGAUAUCACAGAGCCAGAUGAAGAACAUAAGAUUUCUUCAUUUUGUAGUCCAUAUCAGGAGUUUAUUUCUCUAUCAAAUAAACUUAUUGUCGAGGCUCAGUUUCAAGGAGCAGCAAGCAAAGCUGAGCAUGGCUUAGCAGAAGACGCAGAUGAAGAAAGGCAAGGUGCUGCAGAAGUAAGAGACUCUUCUCUUAUACCUGAAGAUUCAGCCCAAGCUAAUCCUAAGUUGGGUCCUUUUAGAGAUGCUGCAGAAGUAAGAGACUCUUCUCUUGUACAUGAAGGUUCAGCCCAAGCGGAUCCUAAGUUGGGUUUGGGAAACUGUACCCGUCAGCAUGCUGAAGGCCCAAGUUCCUUUAGUCUUCUACAAGAAUAUUCUUCUGAUGAUAGUUUAGACAACAACAACAAUGAUGGAAGUCAGAUUGAAGUUGGAUAUGUCAACCUUGCACCAGAGUCUGUUUCGAUUGAAGUUCAAACCAUAAUCAAUGGCGAUUCAAGGAAAUCACCUGAGCUUUCUAUUGCAUCACAGAGAGUGGUUAGUGAAACUUCUAGGACAUGUAACAUUGCAAAAAAAUCCAUGGAUGGUAGCAGUGAUACUUGUAAUGAAGAGCAUAGUAGAAACAAUGCUCUGAGAGAUGACACCUUUAAUGCCACUUCAGAUACUCUUGAUUUAGCAAAGGAGGAUAUGAAAAACACAUCUGUUUUGUCAAUGACUGGUGAAUUUGGUAGUCUUGCAAGAAAAGGGGCUAGUGACAGUGACUCUGGAGGAGAUUCAACACGUUACAAAACAAAGUGUAAAAAAAGAGAAAAUAGACAGUGGGGAAGCCGAUCUCCUUGUGUAAGGGAGGAUGAUGUGAAAAACACAUCUGUUAUGCUGACGAUUGGCGAGUUUGGUAGAGAAUGUCCUAGUGAUAGUGACUCCGGAGGGGAUUCACCAUGUCACACAAGGCGUGUAAAAAGAGAAAAAAACCUGAGUAGAAGCCGAUCACCCUGUGUAAGAGAGAGGGUUGUGAAAAACACACCUGCUUUGUUGAAGAUUGAUGAUUUUGGUAGAGUGGCCAGGGAAUGUAGUAGUGACAGUGACUCUGGGAGGAAUUCACCACGUUACAAGAGGCGUGGAAAAAGGGAAAGAAGCCUGAGUAGAAGCCGAUCCCCUUACAAUAGGAGGAGGUGGAGUCCAAGGCGACGGAAGGAUAGGCAUGGGCGAUCUAGGAGCGCAUCGCCAAAAAGACGCAGAAGUAGGAGCAAGUCCCCUUUUAGGCCUGGGUUUGGUGGUAGGGAUGAAAUGAGAAGGGGGAAAGUUCACCAACCAGAAUGCUUCAAUUUCAAGAAAGGAAAGUGCUACCGUGGAGCAUCAUGCCGGUUUUUCCACGAGUCUGAUAAGAGUGAUAGAUCAAGAUCCUACUGGAGUAAAGAGCAGUACCAUGUUCAUUUGCCUAGUUCAAGGAAUUCCAGUUCACAUGAGGAGACUAGAGCUCAUCUCCUGGAGAGAAAUAUUAAUGAGAAUGAUAAUAAAACCAAAACCGAAGAGUUUAGUCUUCACCAUGAUAUUCAUGAUACGGGAGAGCCAAGGGUGAUGGAAUCAGAACCUUUAUCUCACCUGCAUGGAAAAGGAAGUCAUACAGAAUCGUCAGUAAUUGCAGUGAGUAGAGAGCAGCAUAAUGUUCACUUUCCUAGUCCAUGGAAUUCUAGUUUACAUGAGGAGACGGGGCCUUAUCUCCCUGAGAAAACUAUAAACGAGAACAAUUUUAAAAUCAUUACAGAAGAGUCGAGUCCUCAUCAUGAAAUUCAAGAUAUGGGAGGAAAAAACUUGAUCAGAUCAGAACCUAAUUCUCACCUGCAUGGUAAAGAAAGUCACACGGAAUCUUCUGCAAGCACAAUAAUUCAUAUUAAACCUGAGAUGCAUCCUGGCGCUGCUGCUGUUGCUGUUACCUCAUCAAUUGAAACUGCUGUAAUUUGGCAGUCCCAGAGUCAUACCUCUGAUCAGACUCAGGAUGGUGUUGUUUGUGAACCUAACUUAAUAGCUGAUCCAUCUAUCUCUGAGCCUUCAACUCUCCAGACAUCAACAUCAACCCCAACAUCGCAGCUUCAGUUUCCGGAUUUCAAACAACAAUGCUCUGCUCCGAAUUUACCUAAGCCACCACCUCGUCCAUCCUUUCCUCCGUCUUCCUAUGCUCCAAGUACACUACCUGCUCAACCUCUGCCCGGAGUGUAUAACCCUAAGCAACAGCUCAACUCAGCAUAUAUUGGAAAUUUUCCGAUGUACCAGCCUCCAUUGCCCCCUCAACAGUCUCAUUUUCAAACACCUUUGAACAGUUCUUGGAAUUCUCUCCCUCCAGCUAUGCCGCCACCAAUUUCAUCAUAUUCCUUCGCUAAUAAUGCAGUUGGAAAUACUGCUCUUGGACCAUGUGGUGCAACUCCAUCUCAUUUCCAGCAGAGUAUACCACUGCUUAGGAAUAACUUUGUUCCUGCCAGUUCUGUUAUGCCCUAUCGAGCAGCAUUGCCAAAUUCUUCUCAGGUUGUCCAACUUCAGGCCUAUGGGCAUUCAUGGCCAAGCAAAGAUGUUCAGACACCCCCUGGUCAUACUCUGCCUCAUGGUGACCUUUGUAUUCCAUCUUCUAUGAGUUAUCCUUAUAUGCAACAGAUCUCAUGUGGUGUUCCCAAUCAUUCUGGGCCUGCUAAUGCAUCACUGUACUCAUCUGAUUAUCUAGACAGGAACCUGAAACCUCUUUUGCCUGAUUUUGGUGGAUCUAGAAUAUCAAGUUACUUCAAUCCUUAUGCAUCUACCUUUGAUCAACCACUAACCUCCAAGAUCAGUUCAGAUGCUCCAAGAGAAGGAGAUGGCAUGGUUUCUAGUAAUAAAAAUGGUGGUCCUCAAAAUUUUAUCAAUGCACCAGCUGAUGGACGGCAAGUGGAAAGCCUUGGAUCACAAAAUACUCCACCAAACUCUGCCCGUGCGGCUAACAAUAUGUUGUCAGUGCCUGGUGAUGACCGAUACAAUCCACUUUUUGACAGCAUUGAGCCACCUUCCAUUUCAUUCUGUAAACCGGGUCCUGUUCAAAAUGCUGCAAUAACUGUUGACACAGAUGUCGUGAUGAAGCUUAGCAAAUGGAGUAAUAGUCCAUUGGAUGUUGAAGAGAACAACAUGCAGAAAGGAGGUGGAACUAUUGCUAUGCUCGCAUCAGCAGGAAAUGAUGAAUAUGGCGAGACAGCAGAUGCAGAAGUUGGUACAGUUGAAAACAGAAGUCCAAGUGAUUCAAAUGAUUUAGCAGACAUGGUUGAUGGAGAAAGAGAGACUGAUAAUGCUGAAACUAGUAAAAAGAGCAAGGAUUCUAGAUCUAUGAGACUUUUCAAGAACGCAAUAGCUGCUUUUGUGAAGGAGCUUUUAAAACCAUCCUGGCGUCAAGGUAGUAUGAGCAAGGAGGUUUUCAAGACCAUUGUCAAGAAAACUGUUGAGAAGGUGUCUGGUGCCUUGAAGAAUCGUAGAGUGCCCAAAUCUCAAGAAAAGAUUGACCAUUUUGUUGAUUCAUCACAAAGAAAAUUGACACAGCUUGUGAUGGGAUAUGUUGAUAGAUAUGUCAAGCCAUGAUUAUCGCCCGUUCUGGCAUUCUGCUGUUCUACUCCAGGCUAAAAAAUGUUCCAUCUGAAUACCUGAUGCUUACGUGUAGCUUUCUGUUGGUACCGCCACAGUUUUUUCAAUUUUUAAGCAAACAUAUGUUGAUGAUGAGAUUGGUGCAGUUGUAACUUAUUUAUAUCUGCUGUUAGGAGUAAAUAGAAUGGAGUAUUGAGCUAGUGUUUCUUGUCUAGUGUCCCGAGAUUAUGGGCCUAUCGAACGACCCAACUCUAUACAGCCCAAAUGAUCAUGAAGUUGCAUGUACUGUGUGCUAUUUUGUUAAUGUUCUGCUUUCUCAACUCAAUAUAUUUCAGAUCCUCAGAAUAUCUAUGCAUAUAUAUAAUCUUUGACUGGCUCUAGACUGUUUUCUCUUUAUGUGUCUUGAGUUGGUUUGUUGUCGAUGAGUUUUUCGUUUAACGCACUAAUGCAGUCGUGUGUUUUCGCCCUCCAUAUUCUUGGCGCGAUGCAACAUGAAAGAAUGUGAAACUGCAUUGCAAGGGCAGGAGGGUAUCUAUUGAAUGGAGUGAAGCCGAAGUCCUUUUGCGGGCGGAAAACCAGAGCGAUGAAAUGGUUCUUAAAGUGGUUCGGGGUUUUGCGGAGAGAUCACCUCCAUUGAACACUCAGAUCAGCCACUAGAUCAUGAAUGCCAGUUGUUGAUAGCGGCUUGCUAAGCUAAGGGGUGUGUUUGAUUUCAAAUUUUAAAAGAUUAUGUUGCGGAGUAGAAUUUUUUGCAAUCAAUGAGUUAUGUAAAA